AUGGACUCGAUGGAGGUGUCGGACAGUCCGACAUCCACCGCGACCAAAACCGCAGGUAGAAUUCAAGAGGCACGCAACUGGGUGACGAAGGCAAAAAUCGCCAUUAAAAACUCCCGCAAUUUAAGGACUGACAUCAAAGGGGCCGUCACCCAGGCCAUUGACAGCCUCUACCAGUUGGUUAAGGAAGCUGAACUAGGGAGGCGACCAAAUAUAGACAAUGACAUGCAAAUAACAGAGUCUCAGAAUACACAACAAAAAACCAUAAAAAGUGAGAAGGAUGGGGUUUCCCAGCUGUUCUCCUCACUGGCUGAUCAUAGUAGGCUAAUGAGAGAAAGUAGCGAGAAACUGGAUAAGUUGAACGAGGCGCUAGAAGAAAAGUCGGAGGCGAUCACUUACGCCACGGUAGCAGCACGGGCAAAGCCAUCAUCGAAGUGGUUAAAUUUUGAGAUGGAUGCUCCCAUUAAGACCAUAGCGAGCAUUCACUUGGAACUACUGAGAGUGACGGCCGGGCGCCAUCCGGCUUACGGACUGGAGGGGAAUGCUAGGGGGCCCUCGCAGGUCCCGCAGACUCUGAACCCCGUUCGGACGCCCGGCCCAGACCCGGAUUUGCUCUCUCUGGGUCAAAAAUACAGGGACUUGCAGACCAGUUUAGGGCCCUGCAAGUCCCUUAGACUUAUCAAUUUGAAGCGGUAG